AUGGGUCCCCUUGAGCAGUACCAUAAAUUUGUUGAAAUAGUUAAAGGAGCCAUUGAGACGAAUACUCCGAAGAGGAAAUAUCAAAAUACAGAUAGCAAUAAAACAAAUAAAAUAAAUAAAAAUAACCGAGACAAUCCAUGCAAAUGGUGGGAUGACGAAUGCAGUAAAGCGAAAAGGCUCAGAAGAGCUGCUCAGAGGAAAUGGGAAUAUUCCCACAGCGUCGAAGAUCGAAUCAAAUACAACAGGGAAGUGGCACGAACGAAAAAACUGUUUAAGAAAAAAAAGAGAGAUCAUUUCAGGGAAUUUGCCAAGAGCAUUGACAGCAGAACGAGUGCUAAAUAUGUGUGGAACAUCUGUAAGAUACUUAAGAACAAAUGGGUCAAAGUUAAUCACAAUAGUUGUACCGAGCACUUACAGUGGCUAAACAAAAUCGACUUAGCAGUAAACAAAAUCAGCCCAGACUUCGUUCCCACCAAUCCAGAUCAUUUCCUAGCCUGUCAAGAUAAUGAGUUUCUAUCAUCUGAAUUCAAUUUUGUAGAGUUUAACUAUGCUCUUUCUUCACGAAAAACACAUUGUUCUCCUGGCAUUUAUGGCAUUGACUACCUAAUUUUGAAAAAGUUACCUAUCAAGUAUCAUUUAAUUUUACUCGACAUUUUCAACAGACUUUUCGCAGCUGAACAAUAUCCAGAAGAAUGGAUACAUCAUUUCAUUCAUUUCAUCCCCAAGACAGGAGGGUCGGAUGUCCGACCCAUAGCUCUAGCUCCUUGUAUUGCCAAGCUCUUCGAGAGCAUGAUCAAAAACAGAUUGGACUGGUGGAUUGAACACCACGAGAUGAUAAAUAACAGUCAAACUGGAUUUCGUAAAGGGGUUUCAUGCCACAAUAACCUGGCAAACCUAUGUUUCAUCAUCAACGAAGCCCUGGCUCAUCAACAACAUGCUCUAGCAGCUUUUCUCGACGUCAAAGGAGCUUUUGACAACGUCAAUCCACAAAUUUUACUGGACAAACUUGCUGAACUGGGCUGUUCUCAGAAAGUAGCUAAAUUCAUACAGUUUCUCACGUACAAACGAUUUAUUCAGACAGUGAAUCAAGAAGAUCAGCCUAGACUGGUAUACAAGGGAGUUCCCCAAGGGGGAGUAUUGAGUCCACUUUUAUAUUCUCUUUAUGUUUCUGAAAUCACUAGAGAUCUGCCAGACAAGGUUUUUGUAUCUCAAUUUGCUGAUGACGUCGCAGUUUAUACUUCCGACCCGGAGCUUGAUGAAUGUCAAACCACGCUUGUAGACGCGAUUAAGGACAUUAACUUGACGGAGUCCAAAUCAGCUCUAGUGAGUCUGCCAGAUUCCUUGGAAUCUGGUUUGACUGGAGAUUUAGUUUUGACACUCAUAUUGAACGUAUUCGUCAAAGAUGCCUCAAAUCGCUCAACAUACUUCGUUAGAUCUGUACUGGAUUAUGGACUCUUCAUCUAUUACCCCAAGAAAGUAAAAUCCAGAAACGCCCUCGAGAGAAUACAGUUUGAGGCGAUACGAGCUGUUAUGGGUUAUAGGAAAACCACCCCUACCAACGUUCUACUGGCGGAAUCGAAACUUACUUAUAUCGUGGAAAGAGCCAAAUUCCUCUGCAGAAACUUCCUCAUAAAAACGUCUUUAAACACUUCUCUCCAGUUCAACGACACGAUGAAUAAUUUCUCCUUAACUGGACGUAGAAGCAGGGCCAUAAAGUACCAAAGGCUAAUCCACCAGGAGAUAACAGAAACACUCCCAUUACAACUUACUCUGUACACCUAUGACAAAUUUAACAUCUACAGACUGAACUAUAGUGAUAUCAUGACUAACAUUGAAGUAGACCUGGCAACAGGGAGAAAUAGGAGGGAUAACGAAGACAAAUUAACUAUCAAAGAUAUAAUCAACAAGGAGAGUGAUGACACAUAUUGCAUUUACACGGAUGGGAGUAAAGUGGCGGGGAACGACUAUACUGGUGCUGCUUAUUACUGUCCCAAACUAGGCAUAGAAAUCAUCCGAAGCCUCAACCCACAGUGUUCUGUAUACCCAGCAGAAUGUCUAGCGAUUCAUGCAGCAGUAGACCUAGCCCUCGAACAUCCAGACAAAAAUGACUACAUAUUGUCAGACUCCAUGAGUGCUCUGCUAGCUCUGAAAUACCCCAAAAUGUCCAUCAGAGAAAAUGAUCAUAUUCUACAGGUGAGAGUCAAGCACAGCAGAUUUCGUAGGAGAAAUGAUAACAACAGAUUCAUAAAAUUCGUCUGGGUUCCCUCUCAUUCUGGAUAUGAAGGCAACGAGUACGUUGAUGACUUAGCAAAGCGCGGAACUAGCGCUGAUACCAUGGAUAUCAGCAAGGUCCCAUUCACGGACUACACCGAGCUUUUCAAGAGAAAAAUGGGACAAAAUACAGUCGAACACUGUGAAUCUUGCUACAUCUCAGACAGAAAAGAGGAAAGGAGAAGCAUACUUCCAGCAGUAUUUCACCAAUAG